AUUAGCUUUUUUCCUUGCUAUUGUUAUGUAACCAGUCUGGUGUAGGAAAGAUUUGAACAGAUCGCUGCAGACUCCCCCACCAAAGAACUUGCUGGUGGUUUUAUCGUGUAAUUGGGCUAACAGGUUUAUUGAAUUUACUUUUAUCAAAUUUAAUAAACUGUUGAUAAGUAAAGCAUAACAUGAGGGAGUGUGGAAUUAUAAGAUAGGUGAAGGUUUCCGUCUGUUUUAAGAUGAUCUCACUUCCUCCUGACGUCCCUCUCCUCUAUUUUGUUGCAUUAUAGAAACAAAAAAAGAUGUGAUGCAGUUAUAAUGAUCUAGGAUGUGCAUGGCUGCCCAUUUGUCUAGACUGUGGAGUCCAUUUAUCAGCCACAACAAUGGUUUAUAAGUGACCAGGGUACAAGCAACACCCCUCUCCAAUGAAUUUACGUUAACAUCCCAGUUCCAGAUGCAAGUUUUCAUCCUGUCAUAAGCGGAACAGAUAAAGGUGUGUGGCCAGUCUCGCUGCAGAACUGUUGUUUUCGUCAAACUUCAUCAUCAAAUGAAAGGUGGAGCUAAUAUAAUGCUUUCCUGUGUAUACACCAUUUGAUUCCAGAUUUCUUUUAUCUUUGUUCAUUUUGAGGUUUUACCGACUGAGUUUAGGUUUGUUUUUUUUUUUUCCAUUCUGGAGUUUCCACAAUAAUUUGCAGUUGGUGCAAUUGGUUUGAAAGUUGAAUUUUGAAACUCCUGACUUUUCAAAUAUAUUAUUAUGAAUUCUAAGGAUAUGUACAUGGACAAUUCAAUAUAAAACAUCCAGCUGUGAAUGAAAUGUUUACAAGAGGAAGGGAUUUUGUAUGUGAAGAAAAAAACAUAUAACGGUUGGAUAUUGGAAUUCUAUAAUAACGGUCAUUAUAUUGAUUGCUUAAUGUUUUAAUGGUCGACACAAUAUUUGUUAUUUUUCUGAUUUCUGGCACACUCCUGCAUUAGAUGAAGAGGGUCACCUAUUGAUCGAACCAUUACUGGACCAUGAGAAAAUUGAUAACACAAGACCAACAGCCAUUAAUUCACCAAAUGUCCCCAAAUAUUGGAUACUCUUAGAACAAAUCAUUAAUCCAUUGAACACAAGAGGAGUAUAAAGUAAAAUCAAGUGUGUGCAAUCAUCAGAAAGUUCGUUUUUCCCCCUUCUUAAUUCUACGCUAUUCAGAGUUCCAGUGAAAAGAUUCUUCAUUUUGCCGUUGAUGACAAUCUUUAUGAAGGAUUACAUCAAUCACAGGGACCAGAGAGGACAAACUUUUAUCAGUGAUUUGAGUUUUAUGUGUGUGGGGUUUUUAACUCUUAAUGGAAUGCAUCUGUUGGAUGAUUUCAUAAUGACUGCUUGGAGAGAGGUUAUGUGCACUAGCUGUUUAAUAGCAGACCUUUUAAUUGCUUAAACACUUCAGUCAUCACAUCUUGGGGUUUGUCUUCUGAAUGAGAUAAUAUUUUGAUCCUUUAAAAAACCACUUGUUCUGAAGAUUUGGAAAAAAAAGAGGCGGGUCGUAUUAGUUUUCACUUCUGUGGAGCUGUUAAGACACUGCAGUUGCAUAUUGUGUUUUUGUGGUAUCCUACUGGUAAAUGCAGACCCACAAUGCUGCGGUAUUAACUUUGUUUUUUCUGCGAUAAAAAACACAAUGAUAGCAGACAUUUGUGCAGGUGUAUAGCAAUUCGUUUGUGUGUUUCUGAUGUAAUAUUGUGGAGCAUUCACAGGAGGGUGACCAAAAUAUGCUUCUUGGCAGCAUGUAAUACUUCUGGGCUUCUGCGACUUGGAACUUUCAAAUUUCGGAUGUAACCUUGUUCCUGAUUUUGGCAUAAUUCUUUAUUUUUGGAGUCACGUCUUGGUUGAAUUUUUGGAGUCAAAAUGGUUUUGGAUUACAUAGUAACAGUCUGGGAUGCUGCGGAACCCAAGACCUACAAUUCCAAGAUAUACACAGACUGGGCCAAUCAUUACUUAGAGAAAGCCAAAAACAAACACACAAUCAGUGACCUUCAGCAGGACGUGUCAGAUGGAGUCCUUCUAGCCGAGGUCAUUGAGGCUGUCACUAAUGACAAAAUCAAAGACAUAAAAUCCAAACCGAAGAGUACUGCUCAGAUGGUUGAUAACAUUAACAAAUGUUUAGCAUUCCUUGCGGGACUUGGAGUUAACAUUGAAGGACUUUGUGCCAGAGACAUUAAAGAUGGGAAUUUAAAAUCCAUACUAGGGCUGUUUUAUAGCUUGUCACGCUACCAGCAACAGCAGAAGGCCAAACUUAAACAAGGACAAGAACACCCACCAGCCAAAGCUCAGCCAGGGGACAGCACUCCUGAUAACCACCACCUCGCACAGCAAGGCAGAAACACACCCCAGCUCAAUGGAGGGGAAGUGCUAUCUAGGUUACCAUCUCCAUUUAACAAAGGAAGCAAAUGUCCCACUAUAACUAACCCAUCCAGUAAAGAAAGUGGACCCCUGAAUAAUUCCAACCUCAACAACCCUCGCAGUAGUCGCUCAACUCCUACGUCCAGUGAUAGAAACAAAGCUCAACUCAACCAACAGAACAACAACGCCACCUCAGGUUCAUCAUUUAUAAGUGCCAAAAACAACAACAAUAACCCUGUGCCCUCAGCCUCGCUUCGGGCCACUUCUCCAGGCUCAUCAGCUACCUCAGGAAUCCCCAUCCCUGGGGGUCGGAAUUUGGCACACCCCCGCACUGGUGACAAGUCAGGAGGGAGAGUGGUGAGCACUGGUAGCACCACCUCCACGAGUUCCUCCGCCUCCAGCAAAAGUACCUCCCACAAGGCUGCGGCAACCCCCAACAAAAACUCUAUGUUAGACAAAUUCAAAUUCUUCAACUCCAAAGACAAAUCAAAGACUAAGAGCAGUUUACCUAAAAGUGCCUCAAAACAGAGCACAACAAGCACAGGAAGCACCUGUUCGAGUAGUGACCGGGACUCCCGGACGAGUGACCGGCAGUCGUCGGCCAGCGCACGGAGCUCGAGUUCCACAGACCCGGGAACAUGUGGUAGCAGUACACCAUCAAAUGACUCGGGGAGUCCUAAACUCCCUCCCAAAACCAAAUCCCACAGUAAAGGGGGAUAUGGGGGGAGGGAGAAAGGAUGUAUUCUCACUGCUGAAGACGUGUCUGCCAAACACAGGGGGUCACCUUCUCCUACACCAUCAUCCCAUUCAUCAACAUUACCUAUUAGUAGUAAGAAAAGUAGUGCUAAAAGUGAGAAACAUGACAAAUCGGGACAGAAAGGCUCUAAAAUCGGGAGCUUGAUUCCCAAGUCCUCGUCAUCAUCAGGAGGAAAAUCAAAGUCGUCAUCUGGUCCGUCAAGUGGUAUUCCGACUCCAUCAAGUAGCAUUCCAAAAGCACCUUCGUCUGGUAGCAAGUCUGUGAAGAGUAGUAAGGAAGAUUUAAAGAGUAGUAGGGAUGAGAGAAGCAAGUCUAGAGACUCCAAUUCAUCAGGAAGUGCUCAAAAAUUCAAUGUGCCAUUACCAUCCACACCCUCCAGCAAUAUUCCAUCUGCAAGAUCUAUGCAAACUCAUCACUCUCAAAUUCCUGGGUGUGCCACGCUACCAUCUUCAUCUCACAACAACAGCCAUUUACAAAAUGGUGCACAUCAGAGUAAGGAAUACCCUGACCAAUCCAAAUCAAGGGACCACCACUCUCACUCCAAGACGCUAGAUCCCAGAAUGCAACAUCAUGAAAAGUCUAGGUAUACAGAGGUUGAGUACUCAGAUGGAAGAUUAGAACGAGUGGGUGAUGGCCACAGUUCAAAACCCAGUCAGCUGCCUCUGAACAACACGAGACUGCCAACACCACUUAGCUCCAACACACAACAUCCCAACCACCAUGAAACAGGUGUCAAUAGUAAUUCACAGAACAUGGCCAGAAACGGUGGUAGCUGCACUGCUGCAGACUUAAAUCAUAUUAUUUCUGCAUCUUCACAGACAAUUAAUGUUGUCAAGCCAACCUGUUCUGUGGCCACCCCCUCAAAUGUAUUAACAAAGUCGGAUGGAAACACACAGACAAACUUAUCCAUGCUGAACAGGGCUCUUCCUCCACCCCUGCCAAAAACGGAGCCCCCUCCGCGAAGUGUUCCCCGUGAUAAUAGUAAUCAGAGCAUUGACAGCAACAGUGCCUCUACUUCAGCCUCUGGACACAAUAGUGACUCUACCCCAUCUUCAUCCAGCAAUAGUGGGAAGAGUGGCCAGAGUCAUUCGUCCAGUGAAAGUGUGAUUUAUAAACCCUCUAGUGGGGACGAGUUCUCGGGAUCAGAAAAAGGAAGUAGUGCUACAAGUUCCCCACAUUUAGGAUUAAAAGUGUUGCAUUCUCAGUUGAAUAAAACUGCAAAUAAUGUGGCUAUUGUGCAACCAAGACACGGUGAAAAAGUGGAAACAACUUUUGAUACGGAAGUGAGAACUGAGAAAGUUUCUAAAGGUGAUUCCAAUUUUAAGGACACUUCAACUACAUCUAAUGCAAAAGAAACCACAUUUUCAGAAAAAACAACAACUUUUGUUGAUGAUGAAGGAGAGAAAUUGGAUAUCAAGCCAAUGGCUCCAAUUACUCGUGCUAUGUCGUACGGAUCAUCUGGAUUGCUCCAUGGGUACAGAUCUCCCGGAAACAAACUCCCAGUGUUAAAUUAUCAUAACCCAGGUUACGCAACCCCAACCCCAGCUUACUUUGCGAGUACCAGCAGAUUGGGUGUUAAUCGUCCAUUAAUUGAUCAUGGGAAAUUCUACUCUGGACCAAUUCGUAAAGUACCCUCUAGUGGACAAAACAGUGGAUUCGAUACGGAUUACAGCUCCGACUACGAUGCUUAUGAUUAUAUGUCAGGUUACAUGUCUGAUGGUGACAUUUUGAAAAACAAUCAAGCCAAGAUGGAGGAUAUGACCAGUGGCUACCUCAGCGAGGGUGGAGCCUCUCUUUACGCCCGCCGUCUGCAGCAGAGAUUCAGGGAGGGGAUGCAGGCAGUUAAGGAGUGCAUGCAGAAAAGCAGCGGGCUGCUGGAUGACGAUAGUUUUGAUGACAGCAGUUCCAUUAGCAGUGGUGACAUCAGUGAUACAAUUAAUGAAAUCAGCACAGACGAUGGAAAUCUGACUGGUGGCUCAGGGCAAAGUGAUCAGAAUAAUCCCUACAACAGCAUCAAACGCACCCCAAAUCCCAAAGGCAUUCCGAAUGGAUACCCAGGACAGAUGCACGGCAAACGUGUCCCAAAUCUGGGAACCAGUGCUUUCAUGGGAGCCGAUUACAGCAGUGAUGCAAGUCCAAUGUCCGGCUGGAGGAAGUAUUCUCUUCCCCAGACUAACCGCCUGCUGAGUAGUGACCCUGCAGACUAUGCUUACUUGUUCAAUGGUUAUAGCCAUGCUUCCCCAAUGCAAUGGAAUUCACCUGUGCAAGGACAAUUGAGAAAACUUUCUAAUACAAGUCAACCAGACAUUCACCACUACCGAACACAUAGUGCUGAUUACGUCGAUCCAAAUAAAUCCAACACAUACUCCACAAACAGUUUAUCUAACAAGAAGGACUCGGAAACAAAUACUGAGCAGUCCCACUUAAUGGAGGCCAGUAUGAGACGUGUUCAGCAGGGAGGAGGAUCUAUGGGGCAGGGCGGGUUUGGAUAUCGCCGUCCUCUCAGCAACACGAGCACCGGAUCUGCUGGCAGCACAAAAAGCAACGGUUCGGGGGGAUCGUGCUCGAAGAGUUCAACAGUUGGCAGUCGCUUGGCCAAACAUGGUGUGAUGAAUGACAAUGGCCUCAAACAAGGGGAAAUGAAUCCCUCCGGAAUUCCCAGGCCGGGUAGUGCCGCAUCACUACGAGCACCACCCCAGAGGACAGAGGACCUGUUUACUAGUGCGACGCUGGAGAGAAAGAAAAAGGGAAUUAAUGGUGCAAAGACAAAUGGUAACAAUAUUUCUCCUCCUGAGGAACUUUAUAAAUCCAACACUCUGGGUAGGAAUACACAGAAAAAAUGUGGCAGCAAAACCAGUCUCACCCGAACGCCCUCACAGGGUGAAAAUACCUCUCUGUGCAAUAAUACUAUCAUUUCCAAUCCCCAUGCUACUUACGGAAAAAAUGAAAUGGGGAGACCCAAUAUGUAUUCUCAAUCUCUUCCAAACAUGCCACAAAAUGGCACACCGGGAAAUUAUGUGGCUAUGGAAUAUGGAAGUCCCCGUAAUUCUGCCUCAGGCCAGGGAAUAUGGCUUAAAAAUACAAAUGGCAAUGUCCCUAUGCAUAUGUCAGAGGCUGAAAGCAUGGAUUCCAUAUCCUCGCAUGCCUCGAGUAUUCAGGCUCAGAUACAGCAAGCUCGAGCGCUCAGUGAUGCCAGUGCUCGCAUUCUCGCCCAUGGAAUGAACAAUGUGGGACUGACGCGUUCAAACAGUCUCAAGUCCACCCAGUCUGAUUCGAUCUAUGCUUCAACUCAGCAUGGUGAACACCUCACACGCACCAACUCUUUCUCUCAGCUUCCAAGUCCCCCUCCUCCUUCCUCCCCCACUCCUAGCAAUAGCUCGCAUUCCUCUCGCUUUACAUAUCCUAUGACUGCUUUUGGUGGUGGAUCUAUGGGUGGUGGUUAUGCCAGCCCUGCCAGUUUGAACCAGAACAUGGUACGAUCCAGUACUCAGUCCAGUCUGCCUCCCUAUGGUAGCCUUUCUCUCUCCAAGAUCAACAAGGACGAAGAUGGAAGCUUACAUGGCUCAAACCUGUCUCUGGCAUCUUGUACCUCCUCCAUAUAUUCCACGGCAGAAGAAAAACACCAGCAUGAGAUUCGUAAACUACGGCGAGAACUGGAGUCCGCACAAGAGAAGGUGGUGACGCUGACCACACAACUCACUACAAAUGCCCAUGUGGUGGCAGCAUUUGAACAGAGCUUAUCAAAUAUGACUGCCCGUCUUCAGCAUCUGACUUCCACGGCAGAACAAAAGGCUAGCGAUAAAGUUCGUCUUCGCUCCAAACAAGAAAAGGAUUCUGAGUUAAAUGAAUUAAGAGCAACCAUCGAAGCACUUAAACGACAAAGUGGCCUAAGCAUACCUGACCCCACAAUUCUCAGCCCUGGGGCGGGGCGCCGUCACACUUCACCGGGUAUGGUCAAUACAAACGAUUACGUGUCUAGUCCGCUCCACCCAAUCCAUCAACAAUCUCCUCACCACGGCAACCGACCAGGGUUCAAUACCCUACCGAUGCCCACUGAGGGCAGGAUCACACGACAGCUAUCCACAGACAGUGUGUCAAGCAUCAACAGUCUCUCCAGUGCAUGCAGCACCGCCAGCCAGCAAUCGGCAGCCACGGACGGGGAAGCAGGGCGCCGCAAAAAGAAAAAGGGAUGGCUGCGAAGUUCCUUCAGCAAGGCUUUCUCCAGAAAGAAGAAUAAGAGUGGUUCAAUGUCUGAUUACGAGGUGGAGACGGGCCACCUAAGGUCAAACUUCUCAGCUCCAAACUCUCCUCUACUGCAGAUCCACAUGCCAAACGGCCAGGGUCUUAUCAAAGGCUCACACUCAUCAAGUGCUUUAUAUGAGGCUGAAGAUGCCUCCUCCCUUCUGGAGCUGAAGAAACAGCUUCGUGAUAAAGACAUGAAGCUGACGGACAUUAGACUGGAGGCUUUGUCGUCUGCUCAUCAACUGGAGCAGCUCCGUGAGACCAUGAAUAAAAUGAAGAAUGAAAUGAGUGCCUUGAAAGCAGACAAUGAUAGACUACAAAGAAUGAUGCAUGUUCGUCCAUUAAAUUCAUCCCAGAAUUCCAUAGUCCAUAAUCGUACUAGCAGUGACUCCUUAGAGCGGUCACUAAGCAUCACAGAACAACCUAGUCUAGAAAUGAUAUUAUCAGAGACCCCUGACAGAGAUGGCAAGAGGGUAACAAUGACUGUGUAUCUGGGGUCCAACCCGGACCCAUUAAGGGAUGGAAUAGAGAAACCUGCAGAAGUAUUAAUAGGUUCCCUCUCUGUCAGCGGAAAAACAAAGUGGGACAUCCUAGAUAACAUUGUGCGAAAAAUAUUAAAGGAAUAUGUGUUGAGAGUGGAUCCUGUGACAAAUUUAGGGCUCAGUGCUGAAAGUGUCUUUUCAUAUCACAUUGCCGAAAUUGUGCGGACAAAAGACGCAGAACUGCCUGAGUUACUCCCCAUAGGUUACCUGGUUGGUGACACAAUGCAAAUUGGAAUUUGCUUGAAAGGCACCAGACAGAACAGUGUAGACUCGCUGGCUUUUGAGACCUUGAUCCCCAAGUCCAUAGUCCAGAGAUACGUCUCUCUGCUUCUCGAACACAGGAGGAUUAUUCUUUGUGGACCAAGUGGCACCGGAAAAACCUACCUGGCUCAAAAAUUGGCUGAGCAUCUGGUUCUCAGAUCUGGGAAGGAGCUUACCGCAGGCUCGGUGGCAACUUUCAAUGUGGACCAUAAAUCAGCGAAGGAGUUACGGCAGUAUCUGGCCAACAUCGCGGAGCAGUGCGAGAACACGGGGGUGGGGGAACUCCCUAGUGUGAUUAUCCUGGACAAUCUCCAUCACGUGGGAUCGCUAGGGGAAGUGUUUAAUGGAUUCCUCAGCGUCAAGUAUCAGAAGUGCCCCUACAUCAUCGGAACCAUGAAUCAGGCCACCUGCUCCACGACAAAUCUUCAGCUCCAUCACAAUUUCCGUUGGGUGCUGUGUGCCAAUCACAUGGAGCCAGUGAAGGGGUUCCUAGGGCGGUAUUUACGACGGAAACUGGUGGAAGCCGAGGUCAGAACUGGUAUCCGCAACAAUGACCUGAACAGGAUCAUUGACUGGGUGCCAAAAGUGUGGCUCCACCUCAACAAAUUUCUAGAGACCCACAGUUCCUCUGAUGUCACUAUUGGUCCUAGAUUAUUCCUGUCCUGUCCAAUGGAGAUUGCUGGCUCCAAAGUGUGGUUCACGGAUCUGUGGAACUAUUCCAUUGUCCCCUAUCUGUUGGAGGCUGUCAGAGAGGGUCUGCAGGUGUAUGGUAAAAGAGCACCAUGGGAAGACCCCACAGAAUGGGUGCUUGAAUCUUAUCCAUGGGCAACAGCAAAGGAUGAGGACCCGUCCCUGCUGAAGAUACGCCCAGAAGAUGUGGGAUAUGAUAGUCAAGGAGUUAUCUCCACUUCCACGGGGGUCCCACUGAAAUCGAAGUCUGCUGACUCGAACAACCACAGUGAAACGUCGACCGACCCCUUGUAUAACAUGAUCAAGCGUCUACAGGAAGCAGCUAAUUAUUCUAGUUCUCAGAGCGGACAGGAGGAUGAUUCCGCCAGCGUUGGUAGUCAGUGCAGCAGUGUGCAGGACUUGUCUAUGUCAAGUGUAGAGUCCACGAUAUAAUGAAAUUCACCAACAAUGCAAACGUUCUUGUGAAGUAGAGUCCACGAUAUAAUGAAAAAUUCACCAACAAUGCAAACGUUCUCGUGAAGUAGAGUCCACGAUAUAAUGAAAUUCACCAACAAUGCAAACAUUCUCGUGAAGUAGAGUCCAUGAUAUAAUGAAAUUCACCAACAAUGCAAACAUUCUCAUGAAGCUGUAUGCUGUGAUCAUUUAAGAGUUUAGAAUUCGAAACAAUAGUUUUGUGUACAAUAUAAUGUUUUAAUUUAUACAACAUUAAAUAUUGAUGUGUUUUAUUUAUUUUCUAAAGGAAAGUAACCAUAAUAUGUACAUUUUAUUACAUAUAACACAUUUGCCAAAUGCUGAUUUUAAUAUUGUUUAGUUAAAUUGGAAAUUCUGACUCCAAACAAAACAGUUUUUCUUUAAAAUAGACACAUAAGUAUUAUCUAGAUGGUAUUCCUUCACGACACAGAAGAAUUGGCAGCUAUUGACUCAAGGUGCUUUUAAUAUUAUAAUUUACAAAAAUUGAUGUGAAAAAUUAAGAAAUAUUUACCGGUAAGGCCAGUUGGUAUUGUGCAAUUUUUUUUAUUUCCUUGAAAGUGUACAAAUUCAUUUACAUCAAAAUAGGACUAGAUGUGUUGCAUUGAAAGAUUUGCAGACGACAUUUCAAUCUCCAUGAAUUGCUGAUCUCUUGAUUAGUAGUUAAUUGUACAAUGAUUGAUGUUGUCAAACAGCAUGUUGCAUGAUUUUGUUGUUUAGUUUUGAAAAUAGAUCACAUUUCCUAAUUGCUGCACCAUUCUGCGAAUAAUAGUUUCAAAGAAAAA